AUGCGGCACGACGUCGAGACCCGACCGGGCAAGCCUCCGCCACCCCCAUCAUGGGCCUCGAUCCCGAACAAACUCCAACUCUUCAUCAUAUGCUCCGUGCGGGUGGUUGAUUUCUUCCAACAGGCCGCUCUGCAGGCCUACAUGUUUUAUCAACUCAAGUCCUUCUCACCCUCCGCGCCGGACAGCCAGAUAUCUUUCGAGGCUGGCGUAUUACAGGGUGUCUUCACAGCCGCGCAGGUGUUUACAGGCAUCCUGUGGGGGCGGGUGGCCGAUUCUCCGUCUUUUGGGAGAAAGACGGUCCUUCUGAUCGGGCUGACGGGACAAGGACUGAGCUGUAUAGGUGUGGCAUUUUCAAGAAGUUUUGCAGCUGCUGUGGUCUGGAGGUGUCUAGGUGGUGCCAUCAAUGCAACCGUCGGAGGAGCAAGGACUGCAUUGGCAGAAAGUACCGAGAAAAAAUAUCAUUCUAGGACAUUCCUGCUGCUGCCUCUGGCAUGGAACAUUGCCAACAUCUUUGGUCCGCUGUUCGGUGGCAUGCUCUCUGAUCCGGUGCACAACUACCCCGGUCUAUUUGGAGAGAACUCGACCUUUGGUGGAUCACAUGGGGUCUCGUGGCUGACGACGUUCCCUUACGCGGCCCCCAACCUGUUUUGCGCUCUCGUACUCUUCGCCGACGCCCUGCUCGUUUGGAUGGGCCUGCGAGAAACAUUGAGUUCUCGCAAAUACAAUCGAGACCGAGGCAUUGAGCUAGCCGAGAACAUCACCUACCGCAUCCGUACUCUGGUGUUCCAGCGCUUCGGAUACAGCCAGCUUGACCAGGCAGACGCCGGGGCUGGUCCCGACACGGUCGACGAUGAGAACCUGCCCACAAGCACGCCACUGGAAACGCUGCCGCCCAAGGAAGGUGACAGCUCUAAUCCCUCAGCAACCUCGUCCAAGGCACCUCCCAGGCCGUCUGAGGCCCCCAAAUCCGCCCCUCCAUUCUACCAUGCCAUCACAUCCAACGUCCUCCUUGUGCUGGCCACCGUCGCCAUCAUGGACUUCCAGAUGGGUGGCUUUGCUUCCCUGUGGACGAUCUUCCUUUCCUCCGCCCGAGCCACCGACGAGGAGAAGGCGACUGUCCGUCUGCCCUUCGUCUUCACGGGCGGGUUGCAGUUCAGCCUCCCUACGAUCGGCCUGGCCAUGUCGAUUUUGGGUUUUGUCGGAAUCAUCUUGCAGCUGACGCUGUAUCCGACCGUCAAUGCCCGAUUCGGCCUCCUGCGCUCCACUCGCUGGUCCCUGUUCGUGUUCCCAGUUGCCUAUGCCUUGGCGCCGUACCUGUCGCUUCUCAUCUCCCACCAAUUUCUGCUCUGGAUGGGCAUCGUCGUCGUCGUGGUGCUCCAGGUCGCCGCACGGACGUUUGCCAUCCCGGGUUCCGUCCUCCUCAUCAACAACUCUAGUCCCAGUCCUGCGAUGCUGGGCACCAUCCACGGCAUGGGUGCUGCGACGUCCAGCGCAUUCAGGACCAUUGGACCCAUCGCUGCGGGACACUGGUACGGUCAGGGACUCGAAAAGGGUGUGGUCGGCUGGGCCUGGUGGUGGCUGGCGCUGGUGAGCCUUCUCGGCGUGGUGCCCAGUUUCUGGGCUCGGGACGGGAAGUAG